GAUCACUUCCUCUUCUUCGUCUCCUGUCUUCUGUUUUAAAACGAUCUCCGUAAAAAGCAGAGCGAGAGAAGAACAUACUCCAUCACCGUUUCGGAUCGAAUGAGCCACAACCUUCAGUGUCACUGACGGACUGUGCUGUCAUGGCGGAGGUCAGGCAUAUUUAGGCAGAAGGAAAAAAGUCCCAACUCUGGACAGGAUCCUAAUCAAACGACAGGCACCAUGAGGUGACGACGGUGACCUCUUGUAUUUUUGCCGACCGGGACACAUGGCAAGGAUCACCUUUUCCUGCCUGCCGGCCUCCUGGUACUGCAGCGUGUCCCUGCUGUCUCUGGGCUGUGCCCCCCGGCAGAGACUGCUGCUGCUGCUCUUCAUCACCUGUGCCCUCCUCCUCAUGGGAACCUACCAGAGGCAGCUGUGGGGCCCACAGCGACAGCCCGGGUCCCGAGUCAACAAGUACCUCUCCAGUGCAGAGUCCAUGGAGGCCACCGAUGUCCUCAACCCUGCUCUGAAUUAUGGGAUCGUGGUGGACUGUGGCAGCAGUGGUUCUCGGGUCUUUGUGUACUACUGGCCCCCACACAACGGGAACCCUCACACCCUGCUGGACGUCCGACAGAUGAGGGGCCACGACCGCAAGCCAGUCGUCAAGAAGAUCAAACCUGGUAUCUCCACCCUGGCGAACACGCCCACGCAGGCCAGCGACUACCUCCACCCUCUCCUCAGCUUCGCCGCGGCUCACGUCCCGAAGACCAAACACAAAGAGACGCCGCUCUACAUCCUCUGUACUGCUGGCAUGCGGCUGCUGCCGGAGAGCCAGCAGGCGGACAUCUUGGAGGACCUGGUCGCGGAUGUCCCUCUGGAGUUUGACUUCCUGUUUUCCCGAUCCCAUGCCGAGGUCAUCUCUGGGAAACAAGAAGGAGUGUACGCGUGGAUUGGCAUUAAUUUUGUGUUGGGCCGCUUUGAGCACGCCGAUGACGAGGAGGCCACAGUGGAGGUGACAACGGGGUCUCAGAACCAGCAGCCAAUCAGCAGGCGGCGCACAGUGGGCAUCAUGGAUAUGGGCGGAGCUUCGCUGCAGAUCGCCUAUGAGGUGCCCAGCGCCAUCACCUUCAGUUCACCACAACAAGAGGAGGCCAGUAAGAGUGUUCUCGCGGAGUUUAACCUGGGCUGCGAUGUCGAGCACACACAGCACGUUUACCGAGUCUACGUCACCACGUUCCUCGGCUUCGGAGGAAACAUGGCCAGGCAGCGCUACGAGGAUCGCCUCGUCAACGACACGCUGGCCAAGAACAGGUUUCUAACCACUCAGACGGGCCUGAGUGAGGACAAACCGUACCUGGACCCCUGUCUGCCGGUCAGCCUGUCCGAGACGGUUUCCAGGGACAACCACACGCUGUACCUGCGAGGUCAGGGCGACUGGACUCAGUGUCAAGAGGCCGUGCGACCCUUCCUGGGACUCCACAACGGCACCAUGUCACCAGGGGGCAUCUACCAGGCUCCCAUCAACUUCAGCAACAGCGAGUUCUACGGCUUCUCCGAGUUUUUUUACUGCACGGAGGACGUGCUGAGGCUGGGAGGACAGUACGACAGUCAGAAGUACUCCAGGGCUGCCAUGGACUACUGCGCCACCAAGUGGCCGAUACUGAAACAGCGCCUGGACAACAAGCUGUUCUCUCAGCAGGCCGACAUCAGCAGACUCAAGUAUCAGUGCUUCAAGUCGGCCUGGAUGUACGAGGUGUUGCACUCCGGCUUCCGUUUCCCCACCGAGUACCUGAGUCUGAAAACAGCCCAGCUGGUUUACGACAAGGAGGUCCAGUGGACUCUGGGAGCCAUCCUGUUCAAAACCCGCUUCCUGCCUCUCAGGGACCUGCAGCAGGAAACGCUGCGGCAGAGCCACCCCAGCUGGCUGCGCUCCUCCUUUGUCUACAACCACCACCUGUUCUCGCUCUGCAUCCUGGUGGUGGUGCUGGCCAUCCUGCUCUACAUCCUGCGCCUGCGGAGGAUCCACCAGCGCGAGCAGCGCCAGGCCGAGACCCUCAACCUCCUCUGGGCCGAAGAGGGAGAGGCCCUCCUCCCCUGAGAACCCCCACCCCCA